UAAAAAACUUUUAAAAAUUGAACACCAUUCCGUGAAAACAAAAUAUAAACAAUUUCUUUGUUUUCUUCAACUUAGUUUUUAUUUUUUAAAUUGAGUCUUCUAGUCUAAAAGUAUCUAAAAAUUAAAUGUAAAAGAAACACAGUCAACAGUUUUGAAAACACGAAUGAUCUCAUUCCAAAACCACCACCUUCUUCUUCUAACUGCCGCUGCUACUAUAAGAGGAUGCCCAAAGUCGCAGCACCAACUCCUCAGUGUUCGAAAUUUGGUGGACGCCCGAAUUAUCAAAACUGGUUUCGACCCCAAUACAUGUCGCUCCAACUUCCAACUCUGCAAUUUGCUUAGAAGAGGCGAUUUUUCACUCGCACGCCGACUGUUCGACCAAAUGCCUCACCAAAAUGUUGUCUCUGCCAACAUGUUGAUUUCGUCUUAUGUCAAGUCCGGCAAUCUUUCAAAAGCAAGACAACUGUUUGAUCACAUGCUUGAUCGCACAGCUGUCACUUGGACCAUCUUGAUUGGUGGGUAUUCUCAUCAUAAUCAACCCAAGCAAGCUUUUAGCCUAUACAGAGAGAUGCACAGGUGGGGGACUGACCCAGAUUACGUGACAUUUGCGACUCUCCUAUCUGGAUGCGAUGAUUCCAUCACGGGAAAACAAGUAGUUCAAAUUCAUGCCCAUAUCGUCAAAUUCGGACAUGAUUCAACUCUUAUUGUUUGCAACAGCUUGCUUGAUUCCUAUUGCAAAUGUCGUUGUCUUGAUCCGGCCUUUGAGCUUUUCAAGGCAAUGCCUGCCAGAGAUUCUGUCACAUUCAAUGCCUUGAUAACAGGGUACACUAAAGAUGGACUGAAUGAAGCUGCCAUACACCUGUUUAUAGAAAUGCAAAAUUUGGGUUUGAAGCCAACUGAGUUUACUUUUGCCGCAGUGCUAUGUGCCAGCAUUGGGUUAGACGGCAUUGCUCUUGGGCAACAAGUUCACGGUUUUGUGCUCAAGACCAAUUUUGUUUGGAAUGUGUUCGUGGGCAAUGCCUUGCUGGAUUUCUACUCAAAGCAUGACUGCAUUUAUUAUGCAAGAAAACUCUUUGAUGAGAUGCCGGAGUUGGAUGGUGUCUCUUAUAAUGUGAUAAUCACGGGAUAUGCAUGGGAUGGGCAAUACAAAGAAUCACUUCGUCUCUUCCGUGAAUUACAGCAGCUCACUGGGUUUGAUAGGAGACAAUUGCCUUUCUCAACCAUGUUGAGCAUAGCAGCAAAUACAUCAAAUUUAGAAAUGGGCAGGCAAAUUCAUUCCCAAACAAUUGUGACGGCAGCUGAUUCAGAAUCUUUGGUAGGGAAUUCGCUGGUGGACAUGUAUGCCAAAUGUGACAGAUUUAAAGAAGCCAAUAUGGUAUUUGCCAACCUGGCCCACAUAAACUCAGUUCCAUGGACAGCCAUGAUCUCAGCUUAUGUUCAGAAAGGACUCCAUGAAGAAGGCCUUAAACUAUUCAACAAUAUGCAUAGAGCUAAUGUACGCCCUGACCAGGCCACUUUUGCAAGCGUGCUAAGAGCUUCAGCAAAUUUGGCUUCGAUUUCACAAGGAAAGCAAUUCCACUCAUGCCUAAUCAGAUCGGGAUUCAUGUCCAAUGUUUUCUGCGGUAGUGCACUUCUAGACAUGUAUGCAAAAUGUGGAUCCAUAGAAGGUGCCAUUCAAACUUUCCAAGAAAUGCCAGACAGAAAUGUAGUCUCUUGGAAUGCGUUGAUCUCGGCUAAUGCUCAGAAUGGGGACGGCGAGGCCACUAUGAGGUCAUUCAAACAGAUGGUUCAGUCAGGUCUCCAACCGGAUUCAGUAAGCUUCCUCAGCGUACUAACUGCUUGCAGCCACCGAGGUCUUGUUGAAGAAGGUUUGCAGUAUUUCAAUUCCAUGGCUCAAAUCUAUAAAAUUGUUCCAAAAAGAGAACAUUAUGCAUCUGUGGUUGAUGUCUUGUGUCGAAGUGGACGAUUCAAUGAAGCGGAGAAGUUAAUGGCUCAAAUGCCAUUCAAACCCGAUGAGAUCCUGUGGUCAUCAAUUCUAAAUUCAUGUAGAAUCCAUAGGAACCAAGAACUUGCUAAAAAAGCAGCAGACCAACUAUUCAACAUGGACAAGCUUAGAGAUGCUGGUUCUUAUGUCACUAUGUCUAAUAUAUAUGCAGCGGCAGGCCAGUGGGAAAAUGUUGGGAAGGUGAAGAAGGCCAUGAGGGAUCGAGGAGUUAAAAAGGUACCUGCUUAUAGUUGGGUAGAAAUAAAACACAAGAUUCAUGUAUUCUCCGCAAAUGAUAAGAUCCACCCACAAAUGGAUGAGAUCAGGAGAAAGAUUGAAAUGUUGACUCUGCGGAUGGAGGAAGAAGGGUACAAGCCCGACCUAAGUUGUGCCCUUCACAAUGUGGAUGAGGAAAUCAAAGUGGAGUCCCUUAAAUAUCACAGUGAGCGCUUAGCUAUUGCAUUUUCAUUAAUCAGUACCCCUGAGGGUUCAUCAAUACUGGUGAUGAAGAACUUAAGGGCCUGUACAGACUGCCAUGCUGCAAUCAAGGUGAUUUCAAAGAUCGUUGGUCGUGAAAUUACAGUGAGGGAUUCAAGCAGAUUCCAUCAUUUUAGAUAUGGGCUCUGCUCAUGUGGGGAUUAUUGGUGAUUUUGUGGACCAAAGGGGAAGGUUUCUUUCACUGGCAGCAGGCCAAAUCAAGGGGAUAAAUCCAAGGCGACAGCCAGACGCUACGAUUUUACUCUGGAGAAAAUGCAGUGACUAGGGAAAGUCUGAGUUUCUGUGGAGAAUUCGCACAGAUUGUGUAAUUACUUACUCUGAGAGACGGGCAAAGCUACGAAUCUCUGAUGCCCAUGCAACGCAUAUUGGAUUUGCAUCAUCAAUUUCCUCGUGUAUAAACAUAGUGACAAAGUUUAUUGAGUUAAUUUGGGAAACCAGUAGUGGAUCUUGAUGGUCCCUCCUCCAAACAUGUAUGCAGAAGAAAUGGAUCUUCAUAAAAACAAUACCCAAUUAGUAUACAUUAACGUGUAUUUGGAAGGGGAAAGAUUGGGUAUACACUUAACUUUUAGCAAUUGCACAAAGUGGUUGCCCCGUGAGUUGAACCCAUAACCUCAAGGUUAAUGCUGGAAAUUGCAAGGGCAUUGCGAGUUUACACAUGAAGGAAGCACAUGCACCAGCAACACCGCUUCUUACUCGAGGAUGGCUGCAUCUUCUUCCAGGGUUCUCUCCCUUUUGCUGCUACUGAGGAAAUCAUUGCUGAUUCACUUUCCAUAUAGUGAUCAUCCUGUAUUUUUGUUGCCUAGGUCAGGCUGUUUAUGAGAUGUUGCCCCUUGCCUAUGUUAAUUGCUGACAACACUUGAUCUGUUCAGAAAUUGUAUUUCUAAAGCAGUCAGGCACUGAAUUUCAUUGAAAGUCUUUCAAGGGAUGGAUAGCAAAGAAAGAACAUACAGAGGAUGUCAUUUUCAGGUGUUCAAAAACCGAGAAGAAUCGACAACAUCAAAUGUCAAAGAAAGAAGAGUGAUUCUCUCCACAUCCAUUCACGACAUAAACUCCAUAUCUACAAAACUAUACCAAAUUUCAUUUCCUCUUCUUGUUGAGCAAAUUGUCGAGAACCUCCUUCAAGGAGUUGAACUUUAAUUUUGGCGGGGGUAUUUAACUUCGACUCGUGUUUAACUUACUAAUUUUAUUUGAAACUAUUUCAUUAGGUAAACAAAUCAAAAUUGAGCAUAUUUGAAGCUCCUUAGUUCAACUUAACCUGACUCAAUAAAAUAAAUUUACAUACACUUGGGACUGCAUAUAAAAAAAACAAAGAAAAACUUGAAAUCUCACUUACCUUGACACCUAAUUGCCCUCUUCAUAACUACUUGGGGCAAUUGGCUGGGGUCUCAUUGUAGGUAGUCUUUUGCGCCCAUAAAUUAGUAAUAGUAAUGUUGCAGUGACCAAAGUUUGAUUUCUGUUAUCAAAAGUAAAAAACCUACUACUAAUACUGCUAACUAACAUAGCAGCGCUCAUCAAAACUUGCUGGGCACAUUUCCCUGCCCCUUCCUCCAGGGGAAGGUUGACCAAAUU